GGGCAAGAACCGAAAUGGAUAAUCAGAAAACUAAGAAUGGAAGCCUGUUUACAGACGCUCGAGGGCCGUACUUCUUCGGUCUGGUCGGUGGCCUUCUCGCCGGACGGCCGGCUCGUGGCCUCGGCCUCGGACGACAACACCGUCAAUAUUUGGGCCGCAAACACGGGCGUGCCACAGAAAACUGUCAAGGUUGGUCUUACGUCAAAAAGUGUCUUGUUUGAUAGUUGUAGCCAGUAUGUCCUAACUGACGAUAGUGCCAUUGCUAUUCACGGCGCACAAGAAUCUGGUCUGAUUAGUAAUUUAACCAACUCACCCCCGCCGAAGCUGGAUCACACUCCAUGGACAGAGAAUUCUCUGGCUGGCACCAGACUUCCGACCAUCAACCUCAUGUAUAUAUCAGUCGACAGUGGCAGUCGGAUGCGGUUCAGGUAAGAUUAGCAUGGUGCGUUUU